GAGGGUGUCAAAAACUGUCAAAAACUCUAAAUAUACCAUAGCGUUAAUAGAACAUUGUUGAGCGUCGGAGUUGACUAUACAGAGACAAGAGAAGAGCCGAAUAGUCUCUAGAACAACGGUCCUGCUACCUCUCCUGGACCAUGGACUUCUUUGAGACAGUUAUCAGCAAUGAUACCUCAUUAGCGAGGCUCGAAACUGCAUUAUGCCAUCUCCCAGACAAUACACCCCUAGGAAACCAAAAAUACAACUUCGAACACUUCUCUCCAGAUCCUGAAAAGAUUGAAUUAUACGGGACCUCGGAGGCAGCACUCAACCAUGAGCUUGAAGUGACCUUUGCACCAAAAGGACAAAGAGACAACUCCGCACCUUGCCCAUUUGAGUUUGCAGAACGCGGGCCUGGUCUCAUUGCAGUGGUCAAAGUGUUACGGGCUGCGCUGCAAGUGUGUCCUGACUCUGCGAUACUGCAAAAAUGGAUGAAAGAUCUAUCGAAAGCUGCAGAGUACCAUUAUAACUUAUAAGGCUGCAUACAAAGAGGUGAACUUAACAGCUGAAUGCACGAUCAAUAGUCUGAAUGACUUACACCACAUUUCAUAAGAUCCCCGCUCAAACAGUCAUCGAAGUUGAACCCAAAGCGAGUGAUGACAUAGAGGCCUUAACGAUCAAUCAUGGUGAUUAUGUAGACGUUCCAGAACCAAUUCCGAAAGGGAAAGGGGGACGUCCAGGUGAUCCUCGACUCAUACGCCCAGCAAUUCGCUGCCACAAGAAGGACGACCCGGUGUUCGUCGGUAGUGAAGAUGCUCAUUUAGACAGUCCUGAGCUCCUGGACCUUCUCUCCGACAAGCCGAUCGAGACGGAGGCUCAAGAUCAGUCACAAACACCUGGGCCAUCUUCACAAA